AUGGUUCACCUCGCAACUGUCAACACACCCCCGGACUCGGCGUCCGUCUCCGGUGCCGAGGACUCGUCGUCCGGUGUCAACCUCCGCAAGGUGCAGCAGCAGCUGAAGAAGGUGCAGCUCCAGCUCGCUGACCACGACGAUGGCUACACCACCAGCGUCUACGGCUCCCGCUUCGCCAACCAGGACCUCCCCAAGAGCGAGAUGCCUGAGAGCGAGAUGCCCAAGGAGGUCGCCUACCGCAUGAUCAAGGACGAGCUCAGCCUCGACGGCAACCCCAUGCUCAACCUGGCCUCCUUUGUGACGACUUACAUGGAAGAAGAAGCCGAGAAACUCAUGGCCGAGAGCUUCAGCAAGAACUUCAUCGACUACGAAGAAUAUCCCGCUUCAGCAGACAUUCAAAACCGUUGCGUCUCCAUGAUCGGCAAGCUCUUCCACGCCCCCGUCGGCGCGGGCGAGGGCAUCGGCGCUGUCGGCACCUCGUGCGUCGGCUCCUCCGAGGCCAUCAUGCUUGCCGUCCUCGCCAUGAAGAAGCGCUGGAAGAACCAGCGCAAGGCCGAGGGAAAGUCUACGGAGAACCCCAACAUUGUAAUGUCCUCCGCCGUCCAGGUCUGCUGGGAAAAGGCCGCCCGCUACUUCGAGGUCGAGGAGAAGCUCGUCUACUGCGCCCCCGACCGCUACGUCAUUGACCCCCAGGAGACCGUCGACCUCAUUGACGAGAACACGAUUGGUAUCUGCGCCAUCUUGGGUACUACCUACACUGGCGAGUACGAGGACGUCAAGGCUGUCAAUGACCUGCUGAUUGAGAAGAACCUCGAUAUUCCCAUCCACGUUGACGCCGCCAGUGGAGGUUUUGUCGCCCCUUUUGUCGUGCCUGACCUGGAGUGGGAUUUCCGCCUCAAGAAUGUCGUCUCUAUUAAUGUUUCUGGUCACAAGUACGGCCUCGUCUACCCCGGCGUUGGCUGGGUCGUCUGGCGCUCCGCUGAGUUCCUCCCCCAGGAGCUCGUCUUCAACAUCAACUACCUCGGCGCCGACCAAGCCUCUUUCACCCUCAACUUUUCAAAGGGCGCCUCCCAGGUCAUUGGCCAGUACUACCAGCUCAUCCGCCUUGGCAAGAAGGGCUACCGCGCCAUCAUGUCAAACCUCACCCGCACUGCAGACUACCUCUCUCAGUCCCUCGAGGUCCUCGGCUUCCGCAUCAUGUCCAAGCGCUCCGGCGAGGGCCUGCCCCUCGUCGCCUUCCGACUGCCUGAGGUCGCCGAAGGCGAUGAGGACCGCCACUACGACGAAUUUGCUCUCGCCCACCAGCUCCGCGUCAGGGGCUGGGUCGUCCCCGCCUACACCAUGGCCCCCAAGACAAACGACCUCAAGAUGCUCCGCGUCGUCGUCCGCGAGGACUUUAGCAAGUCGCGCUGCGACUCGCUCAUCACCGACAUCAAACUAUGCAUGGGUCUGCUCGAGCAGAUGGACAAGGAUGGCGUCAAGAGGCAACAGGAGUACAUCAGCAAGCACCACCUCACGAGCUCGAAAUCCACCCACAACCACCCAAAGUUCAGAAAGGAAAAGCAUUCCCUACAGGGUAAGACUGGCAAAACGCAUGCCAUCUGCUAA